AUGGAUCUUAUCGCAAAAAGUAAAUAUUUCAAUUUAUUUGUUUCAGUGAAAUACCUGUGGAGAAUCACGCCAUCUCCAUCGCUGGAAAUGUCUCCCACCGUAAUGAAUAGAAGGACAGAAAUCGUGUACACGGUACUCACUGACGGUUUAUCCACGACGGAAGAAUCUUUUUAA